AUGGUAGUUGAAGCGCCUAUCAUCACUUUUACUCCUGGACUUGAGAACAUUAUCAACACGGGCGACGAGUUCAUUGACCUGCUCAAUCUCACUCUGAUUGACCAAGUCAUACCGUGGUAUCUUGGCGACCACUCCAUCAUCUACUCGUACACGGCCAACAUUGCGCGGCCAGGCAAUGUUCCAGUGCAGCUACAUACGGACCAGCUUUCCAUUACACUGCUGACUAGAGACAUGGCGUACGGCAUGAAUAUCAUGUUCUAUUCGGAAGAUAUUACCGACGAGAAUGGCGCCACGCGGGUGUACCCGGUGUCUCACCUGGGAAACGUGGCGCCCAGCAAUAUCUUCACAGUGGAAGGCCCACACCCCGUCGAAGGCCCAGCCGGCACCACCCUCGUCUUUGAGAGCCGUCUCUGGCACGCCACGGGCGCCAACGGCCUGAGCACCGGAGAGCGCCCCGUGAUUCUGCUCUUCUUUAUGCGCUCCUUUGUGCGGCCGCAGGAGAAUGCAUACCUGACGCUGCGCAAAGACGUUGAAGCAAAGUUGCCGCCUCGGCAAAAGGUGUUUUUGGGAUUCCGUACCUACCGCGCCCGGCAUUGGCGGGCUCGAAGGCAACACGCUCGAGGGAUACUAUGUUACUCGUAG